UAUAAGCUCUACAAAGAUUACUUGCAAGAUCCCAAAUCAGCUCCGGAGCCGCCCUCUCCGAUUUAAGGGACAUGCAUUUGUUAUGACUGAUGACAUUCUUCCGAGCUUGGAAGAUCAGGGAGUGCAUCAACUGUAUCCAAAAGGCCCAAACAUUGAUUUUAAGAAGGAACUGAGGUCACUUAACAGAGAAUUGCAGCUGCACAUUUUGGAGCUGGCUGAUAUUCUUGUAGAGAGACCAUCACAGUACGCGAGGAGAGUGGAAGAUAUAUCUCUUAUCUUCAAGAACUUGCAUCAUCUUCUCAACUCAUUGCGUCCUCAUCAAGAGGAGAGAAGAAGCACGAAGACUUCUCAAGGAGUCUAUUGGAACGUUGGAGGACACCGACGCAUCUUUUGUGCUAAAGUAAGGGCGUGUGCUCAUGUUCGUUCUGCCACCGAUUGAAGCCUCUUGGAGAGUUGCAUCUCAAUACCUUCAUCAUGCUUCAUGUAUUAGAAAAAUUAUAGGUUCAAUUGUCAUUGUAAUCAGAGUAAAAGCAAUUUGAUAGCGUGCA